AUGUCCAAACGCAAACACCCACGGGAGGUUGAAGAAAGCGCUAAAGACUCGCCUUCCCAAUUUGAACACUGUGGAUUUGGAGCCCUAGCCAAGGUGGGACUACUCUCCCACAUCUGUGCUAAGCAUCGCUCCUCACAAAAGCCGCCAAGCGUAGUAGAACCAUUACCCAAACUCUGUUGUACGAUAUGUCAGAAGGCCACCGGCAGUGUUGGAGGAAUGGCGAUCCUAAUUAGAUUCAAGGAACCUGAUGGAUUGAGUACUGUAACGCAAGAGCCAACCACAGACACACAAAGGUCCCUUGGGCGAGAGAGGGUGAAAGUCCCUGCCUUGCACGGUAAAGCCACAAGGCAGGAAAAACAUGACGAAGCAUUAUCACAUCUUCCAAAGCGCACGAGAAGAGAGGCAUCCCUCUCGACAGAAGUGCUGAUAAAAUACAAGAAAAAGCGCGCCACUCCUCCUUACUGUUUUACUUUAAAAAGGACAAGUACGCCAACGUGGUCCCGGACGGGAGGAAGCUGUCGCCCGAAUCCAUUAUCGCGCGUUGCUUUAAUGUAA